GACGCUGACCAUCACAGCAGAGGACCAGUGGACUUUACUCUAUACCUCCAGUUACACUCAGAGCUAUUUGACUACAUCACAUCAAGGAGAAGAAUGGGACUGCACAGUGUUGAGGAACUGGUGUCCGGUAAGAGGUCAGAGGGCAAGGAGGCCGACGACUUCCAAGGGGGCGAGUACGAAGCGGCUGUCGGUCAAGAGAAGCAGGAUGAUCGCAGGUCCCACAGGGAGCUGGUGGGCGGAGAUCUGUCAGAGGAGAGCGACAGCAGCAAUGAACAGGAGGAAGUCAGUGUUGCAGCUCUCAAUACGGAUAAAAGCGGCAGGCUGAAGUUGGAGACAGUGGAUGACCUGUUCAACAUCCUGCAGCUGAGGAAGAAGAGAAGGGAGAGGAAGACUCCCGUCCAUAAGAAGCAACAGCCAGAGCCUGAGACCGUGCCAGAGUUUGUGGAUGAGCAGAUGUUUCUGACAGCAGCCAUGGACAACAAAAUGGCUGUGGUGGAGAAGUACCUGUCUGACGGAGGAAACCCCAAUGCAGCUGAUCAUUUCCAGAGAACAGCUCUGCACAAAGCCUCAUUCAAAGGACACGUGGAGGUCAUGAAAAGACUCCUGGAGGCUGGAGCUGCCAUCGAGAAAAAAGACAAGCUGGAGGCCACAGCAGUCCACUGGGCCUGCAGGGGAGGCAGCCUGCCGGCCCUGCAGCUCCUCCUCGACCAGGGAGCCAAGUUCACCUACAGAGACAAGCUGCACAGCACUCCUCUCCAUGUUGCUGUGAGGACAGGACACUGCGAGUGUGCCGAGCACCUCAUUCACUGUGGAGCAGACGUCAACGCAAAAGACAGAGAUGGAGACACGCCAAUGCACGAUGCUGUCAGAAUAAACAGAUUCAAGAUGAUCAAGCUGUUGAUGAUGUAUGGGGCCAGUCUCAACACCAAGAACUGUGAUGGAAAAACACCACUGGAGACGCUGUAUUCAUGGCAGAAUGGAGCCAAGAGCCUCCUGUGUAACUUCAGCCAGGAUAAGCCCAACCAGUAGAACCAGACACAUUCCAGUAAAAGCAGGAAGUCAACAUGACAUUCAGCCACAGGUUCUGCUGGUUUAGCAGGAAAAAAAAGUGUUAGAAAAGAGAAAGAUCAAAUUUUCUAGCCCAUUCUAGACAUUUCCAGACUGGGGUUCAUGAAGCACGAGUUGUUUAUAAACAUCUAUUUAUCUGGUGAGGCUGUGCCGAGUGUUCACAUCACAUUCACACCGUGUCACAUGUUGAGUGACAGAUAUCGACCCCCUCAGGGAACGACUGAGAUUAGAUCUACUUUGCUCAGUCAGAACUGGAAGAUAUCUUAAUUCAAAGAGCAUUUUCUGGUUCAGGAAUUGUACCUGAAGGCUGUUGGCCGGGUCACAUGUUCUCAAAUGACAUGUUCUUAACACAUCUUACAGUCACAUAAGCAGCAGGAACUUGAACUUUGAUCAACAAUGUGAAGUCUAAUCAGUAUGUUGUUAAUAAUGUUAUUAUUAGCACUGUUAGAUUCAUUGAUUGCCAAAUAUUGCUGGACAAUGUCUCGGCUGACAACGUGAGGAUGUUUUUUUUUCUUAAUUUUUACUUUAAGCUGAGUUGAAGUCAGUGAUACUACAUUGAGAUGAUGACAUAUUUAUUGAUUAAUAACUGAUAACUGGUAUCUAUUUAUUGGGUUUGAUUGAUUCAUUUCAAUGUCGUACACCGAAUAACUGAGUGACUUUCUAGUGUUAUACUGUAGUUGGUUUGAUGAUUUUUAUGGUCAGAUUUUAACCAAUUAUAUAAACUUAGAAUGUAUUGAUUUUCAUUUACUAACUAAUGGAAACAACUGGGAGAUAACUCUUUAGUUUUACCAGAUGCACAUCACCUGGUUCACACUUUCUUUGUAGUCCCGUUAAAUCAGCACUCUGUGGAUCAAUUUCAGUGUUAAACUGAAGUUGUUUAUUUGUUGAAAAUGACACCAGCUUAGUGUGACAGUUGUAAAAUGGAUGAGAUGAACCUCCUCCUACUGGUAGAAGAUGUGUGUCAUUAUACUUAAACAUUCAGAUGAGUCAAACCAAGUUUUUUGGUCUUAUGAAGAUUGAGAGAUGUGACAGGAUGAAGUACGUUUUUUGAUCAGGAUGGAAAGAAUACCUCCACUUAAGCUUUUCUAUGAUGAUGACCUGCAGAUUUACACCUUAACCAUGUUUUUGUGUUUAGUUUCUGUGGACAAGGGCAAAUGCCUAAACUGCAAAACUAUAUUAGACUAUUUCCCAUCCAGAAGGGGCAGCAAUGUGUAGUUAUUUAGGAACCAAUAAGAAAAACCAAAUCCAAUUUUUAUAGCUACCUGGUACUUUGAUUUUUUUUUAUUUGAGUUUUAGCUUCUAACCCUAGCAGCAACAUGCAUAUAAGACACAAAAUCAGUUGUCCUUCAUGUGCUGUGAAACAGGAACUAAGUAAUUUUGCAUGAUAUUCACACUCUGCCAGAUCAAGUUUCAGUUAUUUUGGACUGUCUUAGUCUCGGCUGCAGUAAAGUUUUUUGUUUUUUUUUUCAAUUGCAAUCACAAUUUAUCACUGUGGAAAU